CAAAGAUUCGGAAAACAAGUAGGAAUUUAGGAUACAGUAGAGACAAAGUAACCGGUCUUCAGAUCCUACAAUUCAGUGUGAAAUGGCAUCGCCUGGAGCACAGAGCCACCAGACUAUGGGACACAUUCUCAGGCCUGUUAUGUGAUCAAGCCAUGAUCCUCGCCAUGAACUCCAGCUUUGUAGAUCCCUCGCUGCAAUUUGAAUCCCAACUGAAGAUAAUAGAGUCAUCUUUUAAAAAUGUAUUUUCUAUACCAAGUCUUGAGAAAGUGAGGGAACUGGGGAACAGCGAACAUGAAAAAGAAGACCUAGAGAGUUUAUAUCAAAAUAUUUUAAACAUAUAUGAAGACACUCUUCUGAUAUUAGUAUCUAAAGAUCUCUACAAAUUGCAAAUCUUAAAGGAGAUGGCCAUGUGGAUGAAUGAUGACAGCUCAUACCUGCAGGAGAGAGUCAUAGUGAUCAUCAGCAGGGUGCUGAGCUUUGCAUCCAGGAAAGUUCGGGGACAUGCAAGUGUUGAUGCGCCAUGUUUGGGGGUUCUGGCAGCAGAACUGUCACUUCUGUGUUGCCAUAAUGAUCUCUCAAUCACACAACAAGCAUCCUUGGGGUUGCAUCACCUUCUCUGCAUUGCAAAGCAUCAGAAUGGGGAUACUGAAAAAAAUAAAUCAACGAAGAAUGAGAAGCAUGGAAAUUACUGCCUCCUGUCUCCGUCCUCUGAUACAGAAUUCCUACCCAAGUUCUUGCAACGAGACAGAACUAAAAUUGCGCAGAACGUAGGAAAAACUUUGACGCCGUCCUUGCUGACUGAUUUCACAUGGAGUCUCCUAAUGACCCUCUCUUCACCUAAUUAUGUAACUGCAUUCAAGGCAUCAACCAUACUGAAAUUGACUCUGGAGUAUUAUGCGCAUAAGGUCACCAUGGUGUCUAAGAUUGUGGAUGCCAUUUAUAAGAAACUGCGUGAAAAUUCUUCUCAUGUUAUGAGGCACGCUAUGCUGCGGGUCAUCACCUUGUUGACACGUACUUCCCCAAAGAAGGUCAUCUUCCAGCUUAUGGACUACCCAGUCCCAGCAGACAACACUUUGAUACUGAUGUGGCACGCGGCAGGUUCCGAGUCAAGUGUGGCCCCUCAUGUGCUGAAGACAAUCUUACUGAUACUGAAAGGAAAGCCUGGGAAAAUGGAUGAUAGCCUACUAGAAAGAAGACGUUUCUCUCUCGAUACUACUAAUAUGAUGCCUGUAGCGGCAUCCCAGGCCCUGUGCACAUUGUUGCCCGUUUGUUCAUACAAGAAAGCAGUGGCCCAGUUUUUCCCCCAGCUCUUGAUGGCCCUCAUGGUCCAACUCUUUUACAUCAGUGACCUGAGACAGAUGGCAGAGGACAUGCCGUUCUAUGCCCAGGAUGCCCUGCGAGUUCUGCUGAAUUGUUCUGGACUGCAGCAGGUGGAUAUUGCUCUAAAGAAAAAGAACUGCUGGAAUGAGUUUUCUGAAGAGUUGCUUAAGCAUCAUGGGAUCUACCUUAUUGCCAAAACUCUCAGUGACUACAACUUUCCACAGUUUCCAGAGACCUUGCAUUAUCUCUACAAGCUCUCAGUGGAAGGUCCUAGACGGUCAGAAGAGAGUGUCAUCACAGUAAUUUUCCUCACUGAACUUCUGAACAACUUCUUCAAGGACCCAUUCCCAGAAGAAUUUUUGGUUCUCUUCAGAAACUGGGUCAAUGACUCCAAUUCUACAGUUAGUAAACUGAGCCUCCAGAAAAUUGCCAACAUGGCGCCAGUUAUCAAUGAGAUAGAAAACGUCUGCAGCUUAUUAAUAUGCAUCUUGGAUGCCUUCUUCUCAAAAGACAAGACUGUUAUAAUUCGGGCCUUAUUCACCCUUCGAAAACUUUUAGGCAAACUGGACAAGGUGACCUACUCUUCUUUGUGUACUAGGAUUGCUUCCAGCUACUGCCCUCUGAUGGAUCACAGUAAUGAAGGCAUUCGGAGUACAGCCAUUAGACACUUUGGUGAAUUGCUCAGGGACAUGAAUCAGUACACGUGGAUGCUCAGUGAUGUGGUUCUUGGAGGCUUGGUGCCCCUGAUCUUGUUUUUGGAGGACACAGAGAAAAGUGUAGUUAAAGCAUGUAAACACACAUUAGCAAUCUGUGCCUCAGAAUUAAAUUGGUCAAUGUCUUAUCUACUAAAAGAUGAAUAUUACAAUUUUGAGCUGGUGGUGCUCAACCUCUGUAACAAUCUUCUUGUUUCUCAUGAGAACUACAUUACAGAUUUGAUAUCUGAUACCUUGGGUUUCCUGAGAAGCUCCCGAAUAUAUUUGAGGAAAGCAUCAAUUAUUUUAAUUGGGUACUUGGCAAAAUUGGGUGGCCAUUUACUACUCAGAGAUGAAAUUGAAGUCAUGCUUGAGGCUAUUGAUAGAGUGGUUCGGGAUGAAGACCCCAUGAUCAGGGAGUUGGCAGAAAUAACCCACAACAUUUUUAAGGAAAUAGACCAUAGACUGACCUCCUCAAAUGUUAAACAAACCUUCCGAAGAUUAUUUCACUUUAUCUAUGUAAAAAAAUUGAAGCCUCUUUAUUAUUAUAACUGGCCCAACAACCUGGCCAGCAGUCCUGUGAAGAUGAAGGAAACCAAAGACUACAAGGAAGGCCUUAUCGAUGAGAAUUACGAUUACGUUGUUGUAAAGAAUGAGAGGUCCACCUCUGGCUUGAAGAACUUCCCAGAAGAGGAAUGAUUUUCCUUCCUUCCUGAUAACUUGAAUCUAUAUGUAUGUGCUUUUCUGAAGGAUGCUAGAAGCCUUUCC